AUGUAUUUCGCUUUGACUUGGACUUUGCUGGCUACCGCAAGCUUAGCGACCGCGGCUUCUCCUACUGUUUAUCUCAUCCGACAUGGAGAAAAGCCCAGCGAUGGCGGCAACGGAUUGAAUGCUCAAGGCCUUGAACGUGCACAGUGCCUUCGCUCUGUGUUUGAUAAGAGCUCCGUCUAUAACAUUGGAUACAUCAUGGCGCAAACGCCGAAGAGCAAUGGCAAACGAGCUCGCCCUUACGAUACCGUUGAGCCAUUGGCUGAGGACCUCGGUCUUACGGUUGAUACAUCUUGCGAUCGUGAUGACCCUGAAUGCGUCAAGGAUGCAGUGGAAGGAUACAGCGGAGAUGGCAAUAUUCUCAUCUGUUGGGAGCACGAUGCUUUGACAGACAUUGUUAAGGAGCUUGGAGAUAAAGAUGCCCCCGACUAUCCUGAUGAUAGUUUCAACAUUAUCUGGACCGAUCCAUCCCCUUACUCCAAAAUCACAGAGGAGACCAGUGAGAACUGCGCCGGAUUGGAUGAUUGA